UGCGAAGCAUCCAAUUUAUUGAAUUUUGGAUAGUCUAGAAAAUCUAAAUUUAGACUAGAUGACUAGACUAAGACUCUACUAGAUAAUCUAGACUUUGUCCAGAAUCUAAUCUACUUAGAUAGAUCUAGUUUAUAGAUCUAUCACGAUUUAGUGAACAUCUAAUUCAAUGGAGGAUAAUUUGAUACUGUCAGAUAAACUUGAAUUUGAAACCCAGACUGACAUACUAACACUACUAGAGAAUGUGAAAUGCCAGAAGAAUAAUGCCCCAGUGUUGAAACAGGCUCUUGGUGCACUCGCUUCAAUAUGUAGCACUAAUUCAGCUUCACAAGACUACUUUCGUUCAGUGGGAGGAAUAGAGAUUCUACAAGACUUACUGAUCAAUGACACAUGCCCACCCCCAGCUUUUUGCAGUGCUUUGCUUUGUUUAGCUUGUGCUGUACAUCAAAAUGUGGCAUCUCAAAACCUGACACUCACUGAAGAUAUGAUGUCACUGAUACAUUUAUACUUUUCUCAACAAGACUGCAAUUCAAAUAUCCUUAAAGCUGCUGCUUUCUUAUUGGCCUGUUUAAUAGACGGAAAUGGGAAAGGUCAGUGGUUAGCUAACAGCACAGAGUGUCUUCAAGAGUUGACAAAUAUUGUCAGGAACUUGAUUGCAGUCAAGUGUAAUGAAGAUGACAGAUGGGCCAUUGUUUCUCGAGCAGUUGGAGUUUGUGUCAACAAUCCACAGUCUGUGACCAAUCAACAGGUUUGUUGUAGCCUGCUGCCUCACGUACUGAAACUGAUCAGCACCACUCCUGAGCACACAUGCAUACAGCAUGUCCUCUCCAUGUUUUGUCUGGUGAUGGCCAACAACGCUUUGAACCAAGAGCGAAUCUAUCAAUGUGGAGGUGUGACCACAUUGGUCAAGUUUAUUGAACAAUAUACUAGAAGCAAAAGCCCUUCACUCUCUUAUAACACUGUCACAUAUGCAGUAGCUGCCUUAGAUGCCUGUAUCUCUGAUCAUGAGAAAGCCUGUCAACAAGCUGGAGAGAUGGGAGCAGUGAAUCUUUUAUUAAAUCUGUUGUAUGACAGAGAACAAGGACACAACUACUCACAGAUCAUUGUUUUAACCAUUGCACAUGUCUUGGAAUAUUGUAAAGAGUAUUGUUCUUUGGUUAGUCAAGGGCGAGGACAUCAGUUGUUAGUUUCCUACCUGACAGAAACACAAGAUGAUGAACUGUUCAAGGCCAUUAAAUAUGUGUUUACAUUGUGUAAAGUGGAAGGAGAGACACAGAAACCUGGUCCUGAAACUAGUGCUUCCAGUCUCAGACAUAUGAAUGACUUAGCAAAACUUUGUAAUAGACAAAGUGAUCUCCAAGAGUUUGCUAAACCAAGGGAAGUAACACCAUAUGUUGAUCACUAUGACUGGGAGGAUGUAGCAGACAGGGUGAAACAAUUGUUCCAGGCCUACAAUUCUGGUAAAGAAUCUGAUCUAGUGUCUGUACAGGAGGAUGUAUAUCCAGAAGACUUUAGUCGCUAUAAUAAAGGUAAAGUAACGGCACCUAUUUGUCCAAGUCAUAUACCAAGUGGCCGUCGUCCAACUACAGGAUUACAAACUCACCAGUUCAUUAAGAGUGAUGGCAGCAGAAAGUCAAACUGUCCCACUGGUUUCAUGAGUGCAGAGAAACACUGGAGAAAUCUACCAGUUAAACACAAUCCCAGCAGCCCUAGAAUUCACCAAUCCUCUCGGCAAUAUUUCAAGCCGGUGCCUAAAACAAAUUCAGGGCAAAACUUAAACAGCAACAUUUCCUAUUUACGAUGUUCAAAUGAACGCGAGGUGGCUCAAACUUUGACCUGUCGCAGACAAACAUCUAUGCUGAGAGAUCCGUUUGUUGAUACAGAAACAUUGCUGGAGUCAGAAUCUAUGUCAGAUAAUGAUCAGCACCAAAUGCUUUCAACAAAUCUGAGAGGUCUGAAAGAGAAGUAUUCACAAAGUAACAGCAAGACAAAUAGAAGCAGAACUAUCUCUGUUCAGCAGCCCAGAUCUGAACUAUCACUUGUAAGUUAUAAGUCCCAAUCUUGCCAAACUGUGGGUCAUAGAGACAUGUCCAGAGUUGGUGAUUGUAUGAAUGAACCAAGUGUAGCUGCUGAUUCACUGGAAACUGUCAUUGAUUAUCAAGAGAAAAAAAUUACAGAUAUAGUGCAGCAGGUGAUGGCUACCUUUAUGAGGUCUUUAACAGAAUCUCUUCAUCAGCCUUUAGUUGAUCCACAACCUGAAGUCAUUCAACAAAAACCCACAGUUACAGUACAAUUAUCACAGCAAGAACAACCAGAGACAGCACCACCGCACCAAGUAGAUUUACCAAAGUCUCGUUUAGGUGAGAAGAACAAAGAAAAUAAAAGGGAGGUAAGUCGCAGGGCAUCUCCUCAAUCUAGAGGGACUUCUCUACUCACUUUUUGUGAAAAUUCUCAGCUCAGUUCAAAGGAUGUAAGAGAGUUCCCCAGCCUUGACUUGAACCAUUCAGACACUUCAAACCCUAAACAUGACCACAUACUAAGUGAUAAAAAUAAUGAGAAUAAAAAGGACAAAUGUUCGGUGGAACACUCUGCAACCCCGCAACUAAGCCACUUGGUGUUGAAACCUAAAAACUCACAAAAACAAACCCCUUCCACUAACAUAACUAAGUGCUUAGGACAUUUCAUCUCACAGCCCGCCAAGCAAAAAGAUGACUUUGUUAAGCCCAGAACUCCAUUGGCCAGCAGCAAGAGAGUACUGCCAAAUACACGCAUCUCUCAUAACCAUAGAGGAUCAUCAGAGGACGUGGAGGUGCUGGGAAGAGAAAAUGCCAUUCAGAAGACUCCUUCUCCUUCCCCGUCUCUCUCAGAGUUUGACAGCUAUCUAAAGGAGAAAGCACAAACUGACCAACCUGUCAUGGUGUUUGAACUAAAGCCAAGCAGAACAGGCUAUAGCUCCACCUACAAAGAGGGUGUUAUCACAAUAGUGACACACCCAGACAGAAGUACACACAGUCAGACAAACUUGUUGACUAGAAAUAUAAAGGUUUCUUUACAAGGAGAAGACUCAAAAAAACAAAGAUUUACUGCUGCAGGGGUAAACGACUCUAUAGAAAAUAUGUGUUUAGAUGGUGAUCAACACAAUCCGGAGCACAAAGAUCAGGAACACAAUGUGUACAGUUUCUUGUCAGAGGCUGAUCUAUCUUUGUCAACAAUGACCAGGAGACAAUUGAAUGCAAUAAAGGGGAAUAAACGCAGAGUUCAAGUCCCCUACACAGAUCAGGAAGUCAGAAAUCUGCUAACUGGUGUCUCUAAAAUGGGUAAAUCAUGGAAACACAUUUUAAACAGCUAUAAGUUUCACCCAAUUCGAACGUCUGUGGACUUGAAAGAUAAAUAUAAAAAAUUAAUGGCUGAGCAAGGAAAACAUCACAAAUGAAGACCUUGAUCAAGUGUUCCUUACUAAUUAACAUUUCCAAGUAGAGCUCAUCAAGAGAGAGAGGGUUCACUGCACAAACAACUCCAGUGAAAGUGUAUCUGGUGUGAUUCAGCUAGAAACUUGGGUGAAUGGGAGACAAGUCUGUUCCUUUUUGGUUUAUCUUGAAUACUUUCUGUAUUUUAAUGUCAUGUUCGAAAGACAUGUAUUGUUUUAGUUUCUGUGAUACUUGUUGGUAGAAUAACAAAUUGUAACAAUGUUUAUUUAUAACAGUACAACCUUUGUUGGAGCUACUGAUGACAGAAGUCAGUUUUACUUUGAUUAUUUAUUGUAACUCAUGAAUCAAAAAAAAAUUGUUGUUAAUCUUUUUUUUUUGUUGUUGGAGCUGUUUGGUUGAAUUAUUAGCAUCUAGGCAAUGAAAUAGUUGAAUCAUUAGCAUCUAGGCAAUGAAAUAUUUGAAUCAUUAGCAUCUAGGCAAGGAAUUAGUUCAUUAGCAUCUAGGCAAUAAAUUAGUUGAAUCAUUAGCAUCUAGGCAAUGAAUUAGUUGAGUCAUUAGCAUCUAGACCAUGAAUUAGUUAAAUCAUUAGCAACUUGUAUGGAAAAUAUUUGUCUCUUUGUGUCCAGCAUGUGUCUUACAUUUUGUGGAUCAGAAGGAAUUACUUAAAUGUACUUUUUUUUUCCCUACAUCUACAGACAAUAUGGAAUCUCUACCAAAUAAACUGUUCCACUUGAUCUGUUGUCUUGUAAAGAUGCUAAACAAAUGUGUACCUUAUAAUGUCUGGAGGAGAUUCCAUAGAUUUUCAUUCAAAACUACCAAUAUGUAUCCAUGUGUUAAAUCUAGUCAUGUUAAUUAGAAACUUUAUUAGUCUGCUGGUUCCAUUCUGUAAUGGCACAAAGGAAGAAGGGGCACUUGUAAGAAUUCGUCCAAGCAUAUGGAAUGAGAAACAUGCCUUUAUCUUUAUGUCUUGAGUAUUUUAAUUAGGUUUUCUAUUUGUAAGUACUUGUUCAAUGUAUUAGGGAUAUAUGCUACUUUACCUUUUAGUCUCAAAUUUUGUGAUGGUGUUAAUUUAGUCAACUUCGAAUAUUCACUUUGUUAUUAAUCUCACAGCUCUAUUUUGCAUCUGAUCUAGUUAACUGAGGAGGCAUAUGGUCUAACCAAGGUCAAGUAGCAUUUUAUUGUUCUGUUCUUGUUAGAUUUCUACACAUUUCUUAUAAUAAACCCCAACACUUAGUUUGAUUUGUAUAAAUAAUUGUAUCAAUACAAAGAUACCAUGAUAAUAUUUCAUUUAUUAUUACACCUAGAUCUAGGUAUUUUAAGUUUUUAUUUGAGACAAAUUUUUUUGGUCUCUUUCAUAGCCAGCCUCUGCCAAGAAAUGAUCAUGGAAUACAGGGGUUCUCAACCUGGGGGUCGCGACCCCCUUGGGGGUCGAUUGACUAUUUGCCAGGGGUCGCUUAAGACCAUCGAAAAUAUGGAUUGCUAUUGUCUACUCUUCUGUUGCUGUAUGUGUGUGUAAAGGGGGGGGGGGUCGCAGUAGAGUGGGGGAUUGUAAAAAGGGGUCACCGAGCUUAAAAGGUUGAGAACUGCUGAUGUAAUAUGUUAUUGAUAUGUAUGCCUACUUACUAAGGGCUAGUGCAGGGUGUACCAAUAGGUCUGUGUCCAGACUACAUGAUAAAUAGCUAGAUAGAUAAAUUGGAGAUAAGAUUGGUAAAUGUAAUGAGGCGGUCACAGCUUGAUUUAUUCAGACAUUGUGUGUACACAAAUAGCACAAGACCAAACCAGAAAGAACUAUUUGUCAUUUAUUAUGUUUAGAAACUACUAUGACAAAAAGAAAAAAUUGAUAGCAAAAAAUGAUAAAGUAUCAUAUGAUAUAAGACAUGACAUAAAAAUCAACAAAUAUAUAUAUAUAUAUAUGAACUGUAUCACUGAAAUUGAUGAUAAUAUAAUAAUAAUGGUCAAUACCACUGCACUACACCAACAUAUAGAUAUUUAUACAUACUUUAAGACAUAGAUGUUUUUACAAAUUACAGUCUUCAUAAACAGAUACUGACAAAAUCAGAAUAUACAAACGAUUUGAACUUUUUGUUGUUGGGAGUACAUGUUCUAGGGUUAAAAUUGUUCUUAAUGCUUUGAAUCAGCAGCUAGAGUCGAUUCUAAAGGACUCCAUACAAUAAUGUAGUGAAACGGAAACAAAAUGAAAAUGCUUGAUGAAGUUAACGCAAUACACAAGAUGUUUGCUAUGUUCAACAUUAAUGCCAACAAAGAUGUCUUCUAUCAAAUAAAUAGUCAGUGGUAGCUAUAUAUAGGACAGACUAGAAUCAAUGGCUGCUAAUGACAGGACAGUUAUUUUCUCUUAAGUUUCAUUUCAAAGUUGGUAACAUUUUUUUAAAAAAUAGACUAAAUGCAUUCUUAAACUGGAAAACCAAAGAAAAAGCAUUAAAAGGUUUAGUUUUGAUUGAAUAUAACUUUUUAAGUACUUUUUUUUUUACUUGGUUCCUGAAAAUAACAUUGGGACCUUUUUUUUUUAAAACAAAUUAGUUUUGUUCCAUUGUAACAUAUACACUUAGGGACCUUCUGAAAUAUGAACAUAAAAAAUGAUAGCUCUUUUUUUAUAUGAAUAACAUGCAUUUGAUAAAUAACAUUCAACAAAAUAGCAAAGGCAACACACUCUCAAAGAAAAAGCUGCAGUUUGAAGGACAAUGAAGAUGAUUUUUCUUAAUAAACACUACAAACCUAUUGCAUUGUUUUUGCAUGAACUUUUUUAAAAAUUGGCUAUAGCUGUUAAAAUGUUCAUUUUAGAGUGAAAUAUGAAAACCAAGUCAACUCCUGUUUUUAAAGUUGUUUUUUUAUGCGUUGAUUAAUACAUUAGAGACUAACCUUCCACCUAGUGCAAUAGUUAUUUGUGAGGUUUUAAAAUGUAAAAGAAGACUUGGAAUGUUUCUAUGUCAAGUGAACUAGUAGAUAGUAAUAAGACAGCACAAAACAAUUCUUGCAUGGACUAGUAGAAAAGAAAGUGGUACUAUAUUCAAUACUAGAUGUCUGGUGACUUAUUCGAAAAGCACUUCCACAAUCUUAGUUUUAGGGCAUCCUACGUUUUACAUACUAUUUUAGUUUUCUCUAAGUUUAUACGUUUUACAUACUAUUUUAGUUUUCUCCAAGUUUAUACGUUUUACAUACUAUUUUAGUUUUCUCUAAGGUUAUUAAGAUGAUGUGAUAGAAAUGUUUAGCGUUUUCAUUCAUACUUUGCAUUAGGAAUGGAUUCAAUGUUCAAUAUUCGACCACCAAUUUAAACUGAAGAGUGGUAAUAAAAUAACUUGGGGAAAGUACUGAGCCAUAUGGAAGGAUUUGAAUAGCAAAAGGAAGAAAGUACACAAUACAUUCUGCAAGACUGCAUUCCCCUCCACAAGUAUUUCCAAAUGACAUUCAACACUUGUCAUUAAAACUGAUGAAUAAACUAAAAGAACAUCUCAUUUUGCCAAUUCUCUUUAUUUCUUACACAUGUUCCAGUGGUGAUGGUACAAAAUACAUUCAGGAUGGACCCUGGUUCAAAAAUGUAUAAAUUACCCAAAAAAAAAAGACUCAAUGGAAGAAGUUUUAACCUCAAAUAGUAAAACCAAAAAGAUUGUAACAAUGUGCACAGAUGGAAAUUAACACAUUAUUGCACAGAUCUCCAUUAGUCACAUUUUUAUUGCGCCUUUCACUUAUAAUGACUAAAAAUGGAUAUAUAGUACAAAUCGAGCUUAUGUUGCUGCUGUAAAGUUGCCAAUUUAGAUUACUUUCACUGAGAACUUUGAAAGCUGGAAAGAAACUGCUCCUACAGAUGUAUUUCUAAACUUGGCAUCUUUCCCCAAGAAUGUCAAUGAUGAUGAGAAGGGAAUGAUCAAGUGUGUAUACAUUAAAAGAGUUCUUGCUCCCAGAGAAGCAGACCUCGCCUUUUCUUCUUCACAAUAACCGAGGGGAGACCAAAAACACAUAAAAACCCAAACAACUACCUAUAUUUACAAGCCAGGUAUGACAGUGGUGGGCGACUUAGCUCAAUGCUCCAUUACUGGUUUCAAUUUUUUUGUUGCUUGUUGGCCUUGAGGUAAUAGUGAAACAGUAGAUUUGUAGGUAAUCACAAAUUUCUUGACACACACUAGCUGAGUAUCUUAAUAUAUCAAACAGGACCCACAAC